GCCGGACAUGCCUGACGUUUUGUUCUGAGGAGCGGCUAGCAGCGCGAUGGAACAGGCCAGGGACCACUUACACCUGAGACGGACUACGGAAGAGCAUGUACCAGAGGUGGAAGUCCAAGUCAGACUAAGGAGGACAGCCUCAUUGAGCAACCAAUAGUGUUAGCUCUACCGAAGGUGACCUCGGCAGCAGCAAGUACCUGUGGUGGAUUUCCAGGCAGAACUGAGACAGGCAUUCUUAGUGGAGAUACCAAGAGGUAGUUAAAGCAGUAUUGGAUCAUCUAGAGUAUUUGAAUCAGCUAACAAUGUGUCAGUUUAUUUGAUUCAGCUGACAAUGUAAUAAA